AUGAUCAUGUGGUCCCAGGAGGCCAACGGUUGGCCUUGGGGAGAGGGCCAGGCUGACUUCCUUGCCGAGAGGAGCCAGCUCCUGGCGUGGUUGCUGUGGCUGCAGGCGUGGAGGGUGGUGGCGCCGUGCCCAGGCGCCUGCGUGUGUUACAAUGAGCCCAAGGUGACGACGAGCUGCCCGCAGCAGGGCCUGCAGGCCCUGCCCGCCGACAUCCCAGCGGCCAGCCAGCGCGUCUUCCUGCACGGGAACCGCAUCGCCCACGUGCCGGCCGCCGGCUUCCGCGCCUGCCGCAACCUCACCAUCCUGUGGCUGCACUCCAACGCGCUGGCCCGCAUCGACGCGGCCGCCUUCGCUGGCCUGGGCCUCCUGGAGCAGCUGGACCUCAGCGACAACGCACAGCUGCGCUUCGUGGACCCCGCCACGUUCCGGGGCCUGAGCCGCCUGCACACGCUGCACCUGGACCGCUGCGGCCUGCAGGAGCUGGGCCCGGGCCUCUUCCACGGCCUGGUGGCCCUGCAGUACCUCUACCUGCAGGACAACGGGCUGCAGGCCCUGCCCGACAACGCCUUCCGCGAUCUGGGCAACCUCACGCACCUCUUCCUGCAUGGCAACCGCAUCCCCAGCGUUCCUGAGCGGGCCCUCCGCGGCCUGCACAGCCUCGACCGUCUCCUGCUGCACCAGAACCGCGUGGCCCACGUGCACCCCCACGCCUUCCGUGACCUCGGCCGCCUCAUGACGCUCUACCUGUUCGCCAACAAUCUCUCGGCCCUGCCGGCUGAGGCCCUGGCGCCCCUGCGCUCCCUGCAGUACCUGCGGCUCAAUGACAACCCCUGGGUGUGUGACUGCCGGGCGCGCCCACUCUGGGCCUGGCUGCAGCAGUUCCGAGGCUCCUCCUCAGAGCUGCUCUGCAGCCUGCCCCCGCACCUGGCCAGCCACGACCUCAAGCGCCUGGCCGCCACCGACCUGGAGGGCUGCGCCACGGCCGCUAGGCCGUCCCGCCCCAUCCGGACCGGCGGGCUCACCGACGAGGACCUGUUGGGACUGCCCAAGUGCUGCCAGUCGGACAUUGUGGACAAGGCCUCAGUGAUGGAGCCAGGGAGCCCAGCCUCCGCUGGCAAUGCGCUCAAGGGACGCGCGCCGCCCGGUGACAGCCCGCCCGGCAACGGCUCCAGCCCCCGGCACAGCAAUGACUCCCCCUUCGGGACCCUGCCCGGCUCAGCCGAGCCUCCACUGACUGGGCUGCAGCCCGAGGGCUCCGAGCUGCCGGGACCCCCCACCACGGGCCCACGCAGGAGGCCGGGCUGCUCCCGAAAGAACCGUACCCGCAGCCAGUGCCGCAUGGGCCAGGCGGCUGGCGGGGGUGGCGGGGCCGGUGAGGUGGAGGGCUCCAGCGCCCUGCCCAGCUUUGCCUACAGCCUCGUCCCCCUGGGCCUGGCACUGGCGCUGUGGACAGUGCUCGGGCCCUGCUGA